AUGGAUAGCGGAGGUGGUGGUUUCGACAACAACCCCAUGAUGAGAAAAUCCCAGCUGAAGCAAAAAUCAUCUGUCAAUGACAGCAGUGGAGAAAAUUAUGAUAAUGAUGAUUAUAAGAAGAAGAUGUUGCAUAGAGAUCUCGAACGCCUAAGGCGCCAAGAAAUGGCCACUCUUUAUGCCUCUCUUCGUACUCUUCUUCCUCUUGAAUAUAUCAAGGGGUACCGUGCAGUGUCAGAUCACAUGAAUGGAGCGGUGAAUUAUAUAAAAGAUUUGAAGCAAAGGGUCGAAGGAUUACGUGCAACGAGAGAUGAACUGAAGAAACUGAGUGAAUCCAGUGUUGGAUUUGACUCAGAAAUAAACUCGUCAAGCAGCUAUUUCAGUCCGAGUUGUGUUAUGGUAAAUCCUUGUCCAUGUGGAGUUGAGGUUGUGAUUAGUACCCAUUUAAGGGUACAGGGUUUACCCUUAUCAAGAGCACUUCAAGUAAUACUUGACCAAGGACUUAACGUUGUUUCCUGUGUCUCAACAAGACUAAAUGAAACACUAGUAUACAAGAUGCAAGUUGAGGUGAAUGAGUUAACAGGCUUUGAUACGUGCUGGUUGCAACAGAAACUAAUUGCAGAAGAGCUUGUAGUUACAACUACCGCACACUCUGCUUGA